AUGUCAGAUGCCUCAGUGGACACCAGCUCCAAGAUAACCACCAAGGACUUAAAGGAGAAGAAGGAAGUUGUAGAGGAGGCAGAGAAUGGAAGAACUGCACCUGCUAACGGGAACGCUCAAAGUGAGAAAAAUGGGGAGCAGGAGGCUGACAAUGAGGUAGAUGAACAAGCAGAAGAAGGUGGGGAGGAAGAGGAGGAUGAGGAGGAAGAAGUGAUAGUGAGGAAGAGGAUGGAGAUGAUGGUGAGGAAGCUGAGGCUCCUACAGGUAAGUGGGUAG